CCCGCCGCCCAAAAUAGACUGACAACAUUCUGGAUGACUUAUGAGAACUGCCAGCUGACAUAAACUUACAGUUUCCUGUUUCUAAACCAUUGAGGCGCUUGACACCUCUGUCUCUGACAAGUCUUCACACUUUCACACCAUUUAGCCAUGGGAUGCAUUCAGAAAGUGAAAAGUUUUUGGAAAUAUGUACUUCUGUUCCCAAUUACUGUCUGCAUUGUGCACAACAUUGUUCCAGCUGUGCAGUAUUUGAUAGGUUUUAUACCCAUGAAGAAGUGCACUUUGGAAAGUGCAAAUGAGCUGAAUUUGGACGUCAGUGUUGAUGCCAGCCUUAGUCUCUGGUAUAGGUCCGACGUGCAAACAUGCACGCCUUGGAGAGCUCCCAUCAUCUGGGAGGGAAUGUUUGACCCCGAACGUUAUGACAAACUGCACAAAACAGAAGGCUCCUCCGUUGCUCUUACAGUAUUUGCAAUUGGCAGGUAUUUGGAUGCUUACCUUGGGAAUUUCCUGCGCUCGUCGGAGCAACACUUCAUGCUCGGCCUGCCAGUGUGUUACUAUGUGUUCACGGACGCGCCCGAGAGGGUGCCGCUCAUCAAGCUGGGCCCGCAACGAAGUCUGAAAGUCAUCAAAGUGGCAAAGCACAGCAGGUGGCAGGAUAUUUCCAUGAUGCGGAUGAAGACCAUAUCGGACGUGGUAGAGUCAGACAUUCGCCACCACUUCACACACGUCUUCUGUUUUGACGUUGACCAGGUGUUCACGGGGAGAUUUGGCUCUGAGGUUCUGGGCGAUUCGGUCGCCCUUCUUCACGCGUACUACUACCACCUUGACCAGUACUGGUAUACCUAUGACCGCAACCAAAAGUCCACCGCCUACAUGGAAAGUGGGGAUUUUUACUACCACGCUGCCAUCUUUGGAGGCACAUGGAAGAGUGUGAAGGCCUUGACCGAUUUCUGCUACAAGAACAUCAUGGAGGAUAAACAGAACAACGUGGAGGCUGUGUGGCACGACGAGAGCCAUCUCAACAAAUACUUUUGGCUGCACAAACCCAGCAGAGUUCUCUCUCCGGAGUACUGCUGGGACACCGAAAUCGGUUACAGACGUGACAUUCGCACCCACCGACUGCUGUGGGCAACAAAACAGUACGAUAAACUGCGCAGGCCAUAGUGCAUUUGAAGUGACGUGUAAAAGAAACGUGUCAGUUCCUCUACAAACUGCCACCAAUAGCGUACAAACAGCAAGACCAUCCGCUGGAAUAUUUACUUUUCACGGGCUAGAACAGUGGUACAGAAACAUUUAUCUAUUUAUAACGCGGCUGUGUUUUGUACAUCUUGGUUCAAAUGUGUAAAAUGAUUAAUGAAGUUAAAAAAUGGUCAUUUCUGGAUAUCUUUUAUAAAAUGAAGAUGGUUCCAUUUGUGUGUCUGUUUGCCGCUUUCCCCACUCCCUAUUUUAACUCAGAAUAUUUGUGGUUGAUCCAGAGAUUGUAUUUAUAAUGGCUUUAAAAGUGAGGUUGUUCUAAAUUGAUGCUUCAUUUUUCACUUUUGAAUCCCAUUUGGUUUCCACAAACAUGUUGUAGAUAGCUUGUUGUGUUUUUUGAGGGGGGGUUGUUGUACUUCUAUUAUGUUGUUUCUCCCUCAUGUGGGAAGUUCAGGUUAGUCUACCCCUAUUUUAUGAGCUUUGGUUGUUUGUCUGUAGGUCAGUUUGGUUUCCGUUUUGUUACUGUUCAGUUGACCCCAAUUGAGUUGGGGCAAAAUCUUAGUCAUUUAUCAUUUGAGGUAUUUUGCAUUGACAUUUCACAUUGUGUUCACCAUUUUGAUUUUAUUGAAUGGAAGUUUUAUAGUUUUUAGAACACUUUUUAUCCUUGUUUAAGUCUGGUUACUUAAACCUUGUACGAUGAUGGCAUGUUUGUGCUUUAGGGGGAAAAGGGAUUUGAGAAUAGGGUAACAUUACCCCCUCUUUUACAUAUAUUUUAUUAUUCCUGCCUCUCUUCCAGUGCAGGUGGAUGGGCUCCAGCCCCAUUACGUGACUGUAUUUGAAUUAAGUGGAUAGAGAAAAUAAAGUAAUGGAUAUAUCAUUGACCUGAUAGAUGAAACAAGCCCACACCCGUAUUUGUUUGUGAGCUUUGGUUCCCACUGCCAGGUCAGCCUUCUGGGCAGCUUGUUUGUUCAUGCAGGAGAACUCGCUAACUUCUGGAUUUUAAUUUAAUACAUCACCAGAGGUGAUGCAUGAACCCAUUUAUUGUUGAUUUGCUGUUAUUAAUGUAAUUUAAAAAUUCAGUUUGUAGAAAUGUGCUUUUGAGUAACUGUAAACUCUCCUUCUGUUCAUCAUUGGAACUGUCAAGUGUAUGCAUUUUAACUGUUGUUUAAAAAAUGGAGCUGAAAAGGGUUUUGUAAAAGUCUCAUAAAUAAUCCUUAUAUCUUAAAAUGCUAUUUUUUUAAAAUAAUUUUGAGUUGUGCUUGAUUCCCAUUUUUGAUUUGCACAUUUUGCCAUUUAUAGCUUCUUUUAAGUUUCACUCAGGACUGAAGAUUUUCUUGUGUUAUGAUAUCUGAACAUUUUGAUUUUUUUUAAUAUAUGUAGAAUUUAUUGCACAGAUUUAUAGACAAUUAUGUUUUACUGUAACCCUUUCAAGUUUGUAUGCAGACAGUAUAUGCUUCCAAAACACACAUAGAACUUUUUAGCAGGAACUAUUUGAGACCGCAGGGACAUUUUUGUUUCCGACUAUGACUCAGCUUUUCUGAAAGCAACUGUAAAAUGGACAAUUUAAGGAUUAUUUUAAUUAAAAUUUUAAAGAACAUUCAAAAUGACUCUUUGUUUCAGUGCUUUUUGGGAAAAAACAGAAUGAAAAGUACAAUUCAGUCUUGACAAUGACAGUUAAUCCUGCUAAAGCUGGAAGCUCUAAACAUGUCUACAUA